AUGGUCACCGAACGCUUCUCACUACUACUGUCUCCGCCCAACUCUCCGCGUAUGUCGGACGCAGAGGCCAAGACAUCCCAAUACUAUAACCAGUAUGCGUCGUAUCCUUCGCAGCAUCAUCCAAAUCCUUCUACCCAACAGAAUCAUCAAGGCCGAGAGAGUCCAUCCAGUUCCUACGAUGCCGCUAGGCCUGGUCUUCGUUCUCACAAAAGCUUUCCGGUAUCACUACGACAUGCGUCCGUUGAGCACUUUGAUGAGAGAUACGCUCCUCAAAGCGGUGCUUCCAUGAGCUCAGCUGGACCAACACCAGCGAUAGCUGGUCAUUCAGCGCCUGGUAGUCCUGCCGACCAGCUCACUCCUCGCUCGGACGGUAAUAGUGCCAGAGAUCAGCAAGAUGAAGACGACGAGGUCAUCGAAAUGGGCGGUGACGAGCAGGAUGAUGAGGCUGAGAAUAGGCCAAUGACUGCAGCGGAGUUGCGCGCGGCGAAACGAAAGAUGAAGCGCUUUAGACUCACACAUAGCCAGACGCGCUUCCUCAUGAGCGAGUUUGCCCGUCAAGCGCACCCUGACGCUGCGCACAGAGAGCGCUUAGCUCGCGAGAUUCCUGGACUCAGUGCCCGGCAAGUACAAGUGUGGUUCCAAAACCGACGAGCGAAACUGAAAAGACUGACUACUGACGAUCGGGAGCGCAUGAUGAGCUCGAGGGCAGUGCCGGCGAACUUCGACACGGCCCAAGCGCUGCAUUCACCUUUCGGCGCACAGGUACCCACGAUGGUUGGCUCGGUAUCUGCAGUGGGUGACUUUCCGCAUUACGGCCACGCUGGUGCGGUGAGACCACUGGGCUACGAUACUCUGCGAAGAGUGCCAGAUUAUGAGCAGUACAGUCAUUCCUACGGUACUCCUUCGGGUGUGAGCCCAGCAUUAGGUGCCUUCACCUUAGGCUCGUCCCAGGCCGCUCCUGAGCACAUAUCACCUACUUCUGCAGGAAGUGGCAUGUCCCCAUUCCUCGUGCAGCAUCAGCAGCCUUACGAACGGGGACCGCCUAACGGACUACCAUCUGCAAGUCAUGCUGGGUACCCGCAACAACCGCCUUUGUCACGAGCGCCUCUUCCCGACAGAAUUGGUCGAACUUUCGGAGAGCACACUGCAUCGCCACUUCGGAGCAGCGUGUCGUACUCUGCUUUGGGCUCGGUGAGUUCGCAGCAACCGCAUCACUUCAGCGAACGACCAACGCCAUACUCCGAGCCCGCAAUCUACGGACAGCCGCGCCCCUAUUUGCAAAGGAGCACCAGUGGUACCGCAGUGAGCGACUCAGGCUCCUAUGGUCUGGGCUUCUCAUACACACACGCGCCUGCGUAUCAGCAAAGCGAGCCGCAACAGCCGCCUGCGUCUGGCAAUCCGCACAACCCACAACCCACAGCGACAGAGCAAUUUCCGCGAUCAGCGCUCCCAGUAACAGCAUACGGACAGUAUCAGCCGUAUCAACCAACUUCACAGAUGCCCCAGUAUCAAGGAUUCACAGCACAUUACCCUCCGCAAGGCGCACAUGGAGAGUACCCGCCCAUGGGGCAAGGCCAGCAGUCUGCCCCGGCACAAGAGCACAGUCAGCAUCACAAUCAAUCGAGCUACCAGCCUCUGCCAUCGGCAACACAGCAAUACAUUGCCCUUGGCAAUACUUCAGAUGGGCAACAAGUGACAGCCAGUCAAGGGCCUGCGCACGGUGGUUCAGUGCCUCCACCAUAUUGA